AUGAUUCCAGUUAAUGAUGAAAACCAUGUAUCGGAUGAACAUCUUUUGUUGGAUGUUUGUAAUAUGGAUAAUGAUAAUGAUGACAUUGAUUAUGAUGAUGAAAGAGAUGAUGAGAAUCAUGACAAAGAAGAUGAUAAUGAUAAAAAAUAUGAAUUUUUGGGUUCAAAAACAACUUUCUCAAAUCAAUCAAUCUCUCAAAACAAUAGGCCAGUUUUUACUAAUCUUUCUAACAUUGAUCAUUCUCUACGUAGUACAAUUAGUUGGAAUGAUACAGAUCAAAUUUUUCCUACAGAAGAUUUAUCAGUUCACGACAUUAAUGACGAAAAUAAUGAAAUAUGUAAUGAUUCAGUACUCCAAAGCAAUAUAAAUUGUCGAUACGAUAAUAUUUUUUCUGAACAGAGAAAGAGUGAUCAUGAAGUUAUUUCUUUGGAAAACCUUUCAAUUGAUUAUAAUACCAACGUAAUUCAACCUAAUGACGAAUAUGACGCAACAGUAACAUCAGGUCCUGUUGAAGAAGAAUCAUCGUUUAUGAUUGGUUCGCAAGUUUCUACAAGUAUUGAUCAACAAACCAGUACAAUGCGAUCUCGAUUACAUCCAAUGUAUCACACAUCGACACCGAAGAUUAGAAAAAGACACCGAAGACAAUCUGAAGAAGGUGUUCCUUAUUCAAGUGGUACCAAUGAUAGAUCAUUAAUCUAUGAUUCACCUAUAAAUGAACUGCACGCUUGGUUGAAGAGCACCCUUAGAGAUGGUCGUCUUAUUCCAUUGAUAGAUGCUCAACAUUUUUAUAAUCAAAUUAUUAAAAGCUACAAUCAUCAUGAACAUCAACUUGAUUCUAAUAUUCGUUGUGAUAGUAUUCGUAAACAAUUAGAAUCAAAGUUUCCUAAUCAUUAUCAUUUUGAAACUGUUAGUAAAAGAGAUGGUACUUAUAUAGCUUUAAAUGAUAUUAGUCAUUAUUCUCGUGCAGCAAUCUGUUUGAGCAAAUCUUCGACACUCGACUUAUCUGAUCAUCAACAACCAACUACAAUUACUUCAAAGUCAUCUAAUGAAGAUCAAAUUGACGAAUGUCAGAUAAUUUUUAAUGCGGUGCGAUUGCUCCGUAGUCAUAUGAAAGAGAGUUUGCAUAUACUUGAAACACUAUUUAAACAACCAGAAAAGAUGACUGAGCUCACUAAUAAUCUAUUUGCUGAUUGUAUACCUCUUGUGAUCCGUAAUUUCAUUGGUUUUCUUACUUCAAGCAAUCGUCAAUUUAAAAAACUUGAAGCCGAUUAUAAUUAUUAUGAUAUGUUUAAUAAAGAUCUUUUUCAAAAAAGCUAUAAAUCAUUGAAGAAUGCAGCAAUUGGACAUGAUAUUCUAAAUGCUCGUCAUGAUCAUAUUGUAUCACCUAAACAUAUACUAUUAGCUAAUGAAAUAUGUAAACAUGGUCGAUCAUAUGAGCUCUUAUCUAUUCUGAAUCGAUUUGGACAUGCUGCUUCAUAUAAAACAAUUUCUCGUAUUCAUCACAAAAUUGCAAAUAAUCAAGCUAUGGAAUGUUCUUUACCAGCUGGUGUUCUUCCAGAUUGUUAA